AUGUCGGAGACGCAAGUCGAGGUGCGCAGAGGAACAGCCCAACCUCUGUCACCAGCCGCCAGAACGAACCUCGCCGCGCGUCGCGCGUCAACGUCGGCAGUCAACGAUCAACCGGCCGGCUAUGCGAUGGAACCCGCCGGACCAGAGCACGCACCACGUGUAGAAUCAGGGCCAAACCAGCAGCCAUGGCUCGAUGUUGUCGCAGCACAAGGCGAGACACCAUACGAGCUUCGCUCCGACAAUCAACAAGCUCCCACACAGGCGCUGCAUCCCGCAGAUCCUCAUGACAGCCCGGUGACCUCAAUGGAUGGCGCGGCGAGGAGGUUGGACUCGAGGACAAGGAUCAUCUCGACCCAAGUCGAUAAUCCCGCCCAUGCUCUCGACCUCCUCACGUUUGCUGCGAGCGAGGAGCAGCAUUCUGCAGGGUUUCCACCUCCAGAGCAAGGUGGCGCAGCAGAGAACUUGGCGGGGAGCAUCUCACAAGAAGACAACGCGCGACCGGACGGUCUUCUCGAGCACGAUUUCCGAUGGCAUUAUUUCAAGUUUGUUCAACAACGACUCAUCGCGGUACACGAGGCUAUCGAGUUUAUCGAUUUCUUCUUCUCUUGCUUAUGGCCACUCAGGCCUGUGGUGCCGGCAUACUAUAACGACCGAUCCAAGUACGUCCUGCUUGCGGUGGAGGAACCAGUGCUGCUAGAAGUAAUGAUCACACUGGCUUCACGAUAUUAUGUCCUCAGCGGCAACUAUGGUCAGAUUAGGUCUGAACGGAUACACUGGGGGGCAUGGAGAUCCCUUCAGAAAUGCUUGCAGUCGGCAAUGUGGGGUUCGACUAAGACGAGGUCGCUGGGGACAAUCGCCUCCAUGUUACUGCUGAUCGACUGGCAUACCAAGGCCAUCAACAAUCCGGGCGCCUUCUCUUCUGAAGAUGACAGCUUCGUGUGUGAUAUGCCGCCAGAAAUGCCGGAAAGUGACUCCCAAGCAAGUCCAACCAGCUUGAAUAGCAAGCAGAGGCACGGAAUGAUAGCUCGUCUGGAGAACCUCGGUAUCACGUUUUCUGCAUACCGAAGCAACAAGAUGUCUUGGAUGCUCCUUGCCAACGCCAUCGCGCUGGCACGGGAAGGUUGCUACUUCGAGGUCGAGACUCGGGGCCUCUUGGAUUCCGUUAAUAACGAUAAGACGGCCAACCGGGACUGGGCCCAUGUCAUAUGCGUCUUCAUCUACUUGGCCGAUGAACACCUGGCACUCCGGCUAGAUUUGGAGCCCUUACUGCCCGAGUCGUCAAGGAAGAUUGUCGUUGACAGGCUCUCUAAGAUGUUCACCCGUGCGCUGCUAGAGAAGGAACACUGGGAAAGCUACUUUGAACUAACAGAGGAGAUGCGAAAGGCUCGAGAAUAUCUACACGAGCUCAAGCAGACGGCUUCGAGACCCUACAGCUAUGACUUGGUGCCUGUCCUCGAGUAUACGCAAAGGAGGUUGGAACGCUGGAAACGCCAGUUUGAAAGACUUGGUAAGGGCCGCGCUGUCCAUGAGGCAGAUUCCCGCGCUGACUAA